AAGAAGAAGAAGAAGAAGAAGAAGCAGCAGCAGCAGCAGCAGCAGCUUGGUGACGUCGAUUGCUCUGCGACAGAAACACCGUGCAUGUAGCAUGUAGCAGCAGUUUCAAGCGACUUUGCUGGAGCUUGCUGCUGGUUACGAGAUUAAAACGAUAAUGUGAAGUUUACUGACGACCCCGUGAGUAGUAACGUUAUUAUCUCCACAGAAAAGAGACGGCUGGAGUGUGUUAAACGUUGGCACAGUGCGCUAGAAAUGACGAUGUGACAGCCAGCCGUGUUUCGGUGGUAUUGUGGAGCAGUGCAUGUCCCGGCCGCAGGAGGUGAAGGAGGGCAGGCGGAGGGUCUGAGCUCUGUGUCGGCGGCCGUCGGUGUCCGGGAUGGAGACCUGGACCCCUAAUCCCCGAGCCAAGCCUUUCAUCCCCCGCCAACAAAGAAGCUUGUACCUCACCUGGAAAUACAAACUAACCAACAAGAGGACGAUUCGUCGGUUCUGUCAGGCUGGUGCUGUGCUGUUUCUGCUGAUAACUGUCAUAGUCAAUAUUAAACUCAUCUUGGACACUAGAAGAGUAGCUAAUGAAGAUGCAGCAGCUCAAGAAUAUGAUGACGCAAUACCCAACAUGGAGACACCGCGCAGGCCGGCUAAUGGACGCAAGGUCCUGGACAUUGAGGUGUACUCCAGCCGCUCUAAGGUCUACGUGGCAGUGGACGGCACUACUGUGUUGGAGGAUGAUAUGCGGGAGCAGGGCAGAGGCAUCCAUGUGAUAGUUCUCAACCAGGCAACUGGUCAUGUGAUGGCCAAGAGGAUAUUUGACACCUACUCGCCCCAUGAGGAUGAAGCCAUGAUCCUCUUCCUCAACAUGGUGACCCGGGGUCGAGUCCUCAUCUUCACCAUAAAGGAUGAGGGCACGUUCCACCUGAAGGAUGCUGCUAAGAACCUGCUGAAGAGUCUGGGCAGCCAGGUGUCCCUCAACCUCAGCUGGAGGGACAUGUGGACUCUGGUGGUGAAGAAAGGAGGUCAGGUGUAUGGAGAGAAGCACUCAAAGUCUCCAGCUCUGUCCACCUGGGGAGACCCGGUGCUGCUCAAGACUGAGGUGCAGCUCACCGCCUCUGAAGAGGCAGAGUGCCACUGGGCAGACACCGAGCUGAACCGGAGGAGGAAGAUCUUCUGCAGCAAAGUAGAAGGAUACGGCAGCAUCUGUAGCUGCAAAGACCCGGCGCCCAUCGAGUUCAGCCCUGACCCUCUGCCCAACAGUAACGUCUUCAAUGUCCCAGUGGCCGUCAUAGCAGGGAACAGACCCAACUAUCUCUACAGGAUGCUGAGGUCACUCCUUUCAGCUCACGGCGUCAGCCCGCAGAUGAUCACAGUCUUCAUCGAUGGAUAUUAUGAGGAGCCUAUGGAUGUCGUAGAGCUGUUUGGACUGAAGGGAGUCCAGCACACACCCAUCAGCAUCAAGAAUGCCAGAGUGUCCCAGCACUACAAAGCGAGUCUGACUGCAACCUUCAACCUUCACCCAGAUGCCAACUUUGCCAUCGUCCUAGAAGAAGACCUGGAUAUCUCCAUCGACUUCUUCAGUUUUCUGAGUCAGACCAUCCACCUGUUGGAUGAGGAUGACAGUCUGUACUGUAUCUCAGCCUGGAACGACCAGGGCUAUGAGCACACAGCGGAGGACCCAGCCCUGCUGUACAGAGUGGAGAGUAUGCCAGGCCUGGGCUGGGUGCUGAAGAAGAGCCUCUACAAGGACGAACUGGAGCCAAAGUGGCCGACACCUGAGAAGCUGUGGGACUGGGACAUGUGGAUGCGAAUGCCGGAGCAGAGGAAAGGCAGAGAGUGCAUCAUCCCCGACGUGUCCCGGUCUUACCACUUUGGCAUCAUCGGCCUCAACAUGAACGGCUAUUUCCAUGAGGUAUAUUUCAAGAAACACAAGUUCAACACUGUUCCCAAUGUGCAGCUGAAGAGCGUCAACAGCUUAAAGAAAGAUGCUUAUGAAGUGGAGAUCCAAAACCUGCUGAAGGACGCAGAGGUGCUGGACCACACUAAGAACCCGUGUGAGGACUCGUUCCUGCCUGACUCUGAGGGGAAGACCUACGUCAUGUUCAUUAAGAUGGAGACAGAGAUGGACACAACCACCUGGACAGAGCUCGCCAAGUGCCUCCAUGUUUGGGACCUGGAUGUUCGGGGAUACCACAGAGGCCUGUGGCGGCUCUUCAGAAAGAGGAAUCAUGUCCUGGUGGUGGCCGUGCCAAUCUCCCCAUACUCUGUGAAGAAACCAGCCAGUGUCACUCCCAUUCACUUAGAGCCUCCGCCCAAAGAAGAGGGAGCACCGGUGGAGCAGAUGUAGACCUGAUGUUACACACACACACACACACACACACACACACACACACACACACACACACACACACACACACACUCACACUCACACUCUUCAACGAGCCCAGGCCUUAACUCCUCUUCUCCUCUCCCCACCAACAACCACUAAUAAUCCAGCCUGGGACCCGCAACUACAAAACUGACUUUUCCUAGCUGUUGAACUUGUUUAUGAGAGGAUACCUGGGAAAUGGAGUCCUAAUUUUUUUUCACUUUUGCUUUUUUAUUUUUUAUUUUUUUAACGAAAGAGGGAUUAACACUACAAACUGCACUGCUAAAUCCCUGCAACAGCUUGAGGAGGAACGGUGAUGCUAAAAAACAAGAUUGUACAACCAAAACGGUAUAUGACUGUCAACAGUUGUCUUUUUCAUCUGUUUCGUGACAACUGUGGGUUUUCUGUUCAGUUUAAAUUGAAGCUGUGACUCUUCAGCAGGAACGGUACGAAUGACACAAACACACACUCACCGGAAUUUUGCCAGUUUUCCUCUUAGUUUGUUGUGUUUUUUAACUACUGAGUGCUUUGACCAUUUUGUACAUACGUUUUAACUUAUCUCUAUUUAUUUUACAUCUAUCAAUCAAAAAGGAGUUUAAUGGUUUGUUUGCAUUUUUCACUUUUAUCAAGAUAAAUGCAUUUUUUAAGAGCCUAACGUUUACAGAUAAUGAAAUAAUGUAUAUACAUGCAUAUAUAUUUUUUGAUGACAAGUUUAAAGGGUCAGCAUAUUUUUCAGCAUCAGAUAUUGAGUUUAAGUAAGAGUUGAUAAUAGCCCUGUGGGUUUUUACUACUAUUGACUGCUUGGGUCAGUUGCCUCAGAUCGGGUUUCAUGAGGGAAAACUGAAUGGGGGCUGGAAGAGACACAAUGAGAAAAUAUUCACAGAUUUAGCAACAUACACUCCAAUUAGAAACAGUACAACUGUGUACUCUGAUCACUGAUGAGUGCAAACAUAAAAAAGACUUCCUGUUUAUUUUUUAUUUUUUGAUUAUAUUGCUGAUAGUUCCUGAUUUAAAUUUUAAAAAUCCAGUUUUUAGCUAGAUAUAGGUAAAGUCCUUGCACAGCUACUUUUGACAGCAUACACAAAACAGAAAUUUGGCUCCUUUUUGUUAAAUGAGAAAAAAUGGGUUUUGUUGUUUGAAUUCCUAAAGUUAGGUACAAGGAAAAGUAUUGUUUAGGGGUCGGUAUUGAAAGUGUGUCAUCAGCACCAGCAUUGAAAAAUUUCAAACAAUGCCCAGCCCUAACAUUUACAGUACAAAAUAAAAGUGGAAAAUUAUAAGAAAUCAGUUUAGAAUUUUAGUUCCCAGAUUAAAUUUUAGUUGCAUUUUCUUGCUUCAGUAUUUUCUUUUUGUUUUAGAAAUGCUGCUUUUAUUCUUUGAAAAAGAAGAAACAUACCUGUCGGUCUUGCAAGGCACUGCUCCUUUCAUUGUGCCGUGUGCUCACUGCAGUGUUGUAUUUGCUGCAUGUUCCUAAAUGUAGCGUGUGUGUUAAAUCUGUGAAAAAUGUGCUUUUCUCUCAACCACCAUAGCAGCUGGAGGCUCCAACAUUAGAACAGAAAGUAGCGACAUUAGCCAGGUUAUACACUCGUUAGAUGGGCAUAAUACAGAAAGCCCAUCUGGGUAUUUCCAGGCUGCAGGUAAUUGUCAGAUUACUUGAAAUCUUAAGGAGCCGCGUCGCAGAAGUCACAGACAGAUAUUCAAAGGGUCCUCAUGCAUUUUAUGACCUAAAACAAUUGCUGUCAUUGACCAGAAAAUAGCAGCAGCGUUAACUCGUCUUUGUUACAGCUAACGAUGUGAGGAAGGUAUUUGUUUUGUUCUUUUGCCUUACUGUUUAGUUGUGUCCUUCAUCUGUGGCAGAAAUGUUGGGACAGUUGUUCUGAAAUAUCACUGGCCAGUUGUCAACAACACAGUCGAUACUCCAAAAUCCGUAAUAAAAACACUAAGCAGUUUAUAUAUGCUUAAUAAACAGUUUAUAACACUGUAAUGUAGCUAUAAGCAAACUUAAGGACAUUUUAAAGUGUUUAUUAAUGUAUGUCAACAAUUAUAAUCCCUCUUAUGAAGCAUCUAUAAUGGUGUAUAAACAGAUAAUGAAUGCUUGAGAACACAGUUAUAACAUAGCUGUAAGCGCCAAUUCAUAACAGAAGUUAUCUUAUUGCACUCACUACAAUCCCAGAAGGAUGUAUAAUUCCACAGAUGAACAGAUUCACACUAUGUGUUGUAAACCAUUUAUUAACUGUUUAUACACAAGAACAAAUCAUGGCAGGUUUAUAAAUGUUAGUGCAGGAGCUGCCAAUGACUCAGGUGUUAGAAAUAAAAAGAACUAAAAGAAACAUGUAGUGGGGAUCAGUGCUAACGUUAGCAAGCUAGGCUAACUAGCUUCCACCUUCUCUUAGCCUAGCUUGCUAGCUUCCACUUUACUAGUAGAAAACAAAAUUAACAGCAUGGUGGUCUUCCUGACUGAUAAAUGUUGUAAAGUGGACAGACCUCUUAAAUCGCUAACUGUACAUGUGGGCUCUGAGAGUUUCCACCUGUAGCGCACAGCCGAAGUUGACAACUUGCUGCAGUAUCAUUGUAUUUUAAUAUUUUUCUCUACAUGAAAAGUGAGAAUUAAAAUUUCAGUUUGACAUUCGAUAUCUGUUUAUACACCAGUUACAGAUGGUUCAUUGAGAAGUUAUUUAUUGACAAAUGCAUUGUUAUCCAUCCAAUGACCAGCUCAGCUGUGUUCUGACCAUUUCAAGUAAAAGAAGAGUGUUUCUAUGUGAGGAGGAGACUCCUCAUCAUCACCUACUUCCCCCUGGCUUUUAAGUGAUGUCCAGCUGACGUAACACUGUACUGACUAAAUGAAUGAGCGUGUGACUCACGUUUCAAUGCAGCUCGAUCAGUAUUUGCAGAGUGGUUUGAUUUUAAUGUGUGUGUAUCUGUGUGUUCAGAAAACUACAUAGGCUAUUUACUAUCUGCAGUCAGAUAAUCCUGUCAGACAGAACCACUGCAGUAUUACAGCCCGUGUUGUGACUGAAUUAAUGUCCAUUUGUUUCCUGGAAUCUGACCACUGUUUAAGCUACUUUUUCAUUUCACUCUAGUUUUUGUACGUGUGCUUCUCUCUGUUGAAUCCAGAGGGUAAAUAGAUCAUUGUCUCCUCAACGAUACAGCAGAUUUUGUUAAAUGCUGUGAGAUAAUUUGGAAAAUACUGGAAGGUACGUUGUAUGUGUGAUGAAGAUCUGUGGACAUACUGUAAGUUUCUGACAGAGUUUGACAUGUAUGAGUUCCUUUAUCUUUUGUCAUGGAAAUGAAUAAAGAUGGGGUUUUUUACUGAGAAA